GUGGUAACUUACUCUGUGAAUCUAACCUGGUCCGGAGCAGGUUUUAUUCUCUAAACUCUGAGUUUCUGUCGGUCUCCUCCCCUUUUUUAAAGACGAAGCGGUAUUUUUUGCCUUAGCUUUAGUCGUUCAUUACCUUCAUUUCAGUCACACAAAGAACAAUGGCCUGUCCUUUUUUGGAAGAUCCCGUAGAUGAGGAGGCUGUAUUAAUUCGAAGAGAAUUACAUUUACGUCGAGCAAGGGUUUUGAGACCCAGAGUGGAUUUUUUGUCUUUUCCACAUACAUUUUUGUUUGAGCGGUACCGUUUUUCGUUGCAAUCAAUUACAUAUAUCCAUAAUCUAAUCCGUCCUUACAUCACUAACGUCACCCAUCGUGGCCGUGCUCUUACAUCCGAGCAGAUACUAUGUGCAGCUUUACGUUUCUUUGCUAAUGGAAGCUUUCUGUACAAUAUCGGGGAUGCGGAGCAUAUUAGUAAGGCUACUGUAUGCAGAGCUGUACGGAAAGUGUGCCUUGCUCUGAAACGCUUUCUGCACAUUUUUGUAGUGUUUCCUGGCCACAAACCCCUGGGAGUCAUCAAGGAGGAAUUUUACAGAAUUGCUGGAUUCCCCAAUGUGGUUGGAUGCAUUGACGGCUCACAUAUACCUAUCAUUGCACCAACUGAAAAUGAGUCAGACUAUGUUAACAGGAAGUCAAUCCACAGUAUUAAUGUGCAGAUUAUAUGUGAUGCUGCACAUAUUAUCACUAAUGUUGAAGCCAAGUGGCCUGGCUCUGUUCAUGACUCACGGAUAUAUCGUGAGUGUACCCUAAGCAACAGACUGCAAAGUGGGGAGAUUGAUGGCUUUCUGCUGGGGGAUAGGGGUUACCCAUGCCAGCCUACACUGCUAACCCCUUACCCAGAACCUGAGCAAGGGCCACAGCAGCGCUUCAAUGUGGCACACUGCAAAACUAGAGGCAGGGUGGAAAUGACUAUAGGCCUGUUGAAAGCACGUUUCCAGUGCCUACGUCACCUCAGGGUCACCCCUGAGAGGGCCUGCGACAUUAUUGUGGCAUGUGUAGUUCUCCAUAAUAUUGCCAUUUUUAGAGGGGAACCACAUCCUGCCCUACACAUACAAGCUCCAGAGGAAGACCCCAUCCACCCUGCAGAUUUCCAGGAUGGAAGGGUGGUCCGAGACCUUAUAUGUCACAAUUCAUUCUCUGAUUAAAUCAGCCACCACAAAAAUAAAAAAUAAAGAAAUAAAUCAACAAGUCACAACAAUUUAUUUAGUCUUCUUUAUUUCCUACAAAUUAAAAAGCAACUGUUAAAUUUCUGUAUUCUUUUCAAACUUUUUCAUAAUCCACUAAAAAACAAUAUACACCUUACCUGUA